AUGGCUCCGACACCUCGACGGCAUCAAGAAGAGAGUUUUUUUGGCGUUGUGACGGAGAUUAUUUUUGGAUUGGUGGAUAGUACCGGUGGCCCAAUCGUUGUCCUCCUCUUCCUCGUUGCAAUUUCCAUCAUCGUCUACGCAGCCCUCUCCCUCUACCGUAUGUGCAAAGAAGAAUUCCGAGACCGCGAAACCGAGAUCGACAGUUUUGAAGUCCGGCGCCCAUUACCCCGCCGCGUAUACGAGAUCCAAGCCGAAGAGGGGGUGCUUGACGGCGUAUUUUUAAGCCCAGACGAGCUCUCAGACGGCCAUUCCAAGCCGACAAGUCAGUUUUUGAAUAUUUUGCAAAUUAUGACGAGGGGA